CCCUCACCUGCAGGGGCUGGCCCCCGGUGUUGGAAAACGCAACUGGGGUGACGUAAAAGCCCCUCUCCGAGUUCCAACGCCGCCCCGCCAGCGGCCACGCACGGGCUGUCUAGCCUUCUUCUUGGGUCUAUGGCAGGCUGGCGGCUUCCCGGCCCGGACACGUGACGAAGCGCUCACAUGACCGCCUCUCCUCGCCUUUCCCUUUCGCGGGACUCAGCGCGCGCCUCUUGCAGAGCUCGCGGGGGGCCAAACUAGCAAGGAUGCAGCAGCAGCAGCAGGAGGAAGAAGAGGAGGAAGAAGAGGCAGAGGCGUGGCUGCUGGACUCCUUGAGGCUUCACUGCUUCUGUCUGCUUAGAUACAAUGAUCUCCACGUGUUUGAGCUGCAGGAUCCUUCCAGAGUCAUUGAAUGGACCGGAGAAAAACGUAUCUGCGUCGCCGGAUAUGAUCACACAAGAAGGAAUGAGAUUAUCCAGUUGCUUUUGCCACAGAGGCUGUAUGUAAAAGAAAACCAGGGUUUAUGUCCGGAAAGAGAUUUUAAGGUGGAAUGCGGUGGAUUUUCCAAUCAGCCUGUGUACAGCCUCAAGCAUGUCCCAGAGACCAGUUUGCUGGUGACGAGCGGCCCCCGGGAGGAGUCCUUGCAGGUCUGGGGAGUGGCGCCGGAGGAGUCAGAUGUCAUCAAGCCCCUCGGCACCAUCCCUACUGCCAGAGGAGACCAACAGGCCUGGACGAGAAUCGCAACCACUUUCUCCAAGUCCGCUUGGGUCCUUCACGGGCUGACAGUCGGCAGCAUCCAGGUGACCGAGAUUGAAUCAAAGAAGACAGUCUUCACAGCAGCCUCCAGCAGCACCGAGGAGGUCUCCACGCUGGCGUUCCUGGACCCGAGCACCGUGCUGGCCUGCACGCCCAAAGGAGAGCUCUUCCUCGCCGACGUCAGGCAGCCCCGGGGCCUUCUGGGAGCUGCAGAGGGAGCCUGCGUCCCCCCGGCGCGGGGAGAGGAGAGGUGGUGUGCAGCAGCCGGGCCCGGCCCACAGACAUCCGGCGGGGAGAAGCCGCUGCUGGCCAGGCUCUCCUCUGGGGGCCGCAUCCUGCUGACGGAGAGCAGGAACCUGGCAAGCCCCGUGAGAGCGGCCGAGUGCUGCGUGCCCACGGCUGCUCCCCGCCGGGCAGAGUUCCUGUCCAUCUCUUUCGCCCCCCUGCUCAGAGACUGCGUGGCUGUGUCAGGUUUUGAUGGGACCGUCCACGUUUACGACCCCCACGACUGGGCUCCAUCUCCCCAGCAAGCCAGACCCCUCUUCGUCCACAAAGGGCACCUUUUCAGCAGCGAGGGUGCUGCUGCUGUAGACGCCCCCCUGGUUACCACCCACACCUGGCAUCCCGGCAAACCCCGGACGCUGCUCUCGGCAGCCAGUGAUGGGUCGCUGCAUGUUUGGGACUGGGCUGAGCCUCGCGGGGCCAGUUAGGGCUCCCUCCCAGCCCCGUCUCUGUUUCUACCUGUGAGCCUCUCACACACACACAGUCCUGUGCAUUAUUGCUGGGAUCACAACCCAGGUGGGGGUCCAAAUGUGCAAGAGAGACACAAUGAAGUGACAGAGACUUCCUGGUCCUUUGUGUUUUCUAAGAUUAAUAAACUAGAAUAAUUUAUUUGACAAAACACAGAAACGUCACAGAGAAUACCGUGGAGGAACCGAGAGGUCGAGGAACAGUACAAAGGAACCACGUUACAAAACGGAGCCCGCCGCCCAGUUUGGCUCGGGAAAGCUCGCCAAGGGGUCGCUGGGCUGCGGGCUCCCGCCCCUCUGUGGCGUUGCCUGCGGGGGCCCCCCCACCUGUGCUCUGCCCUGCCCCUCUCUCCGUAGGUCCCCAAGCCCAAACAAGUCCACCAACACAGAAGUGCAAAGUUUCCACAUACUGUACAUUAGCGCCUCAAACACAGCUAUGCAUGAAACAAGAGGCAAAGGAUGUGUGUCUUCUUGAGACCGGACCCAGCAGCUGCAUGGGCCCAGCGCUGGCUGCUCCUCAAGGGGGGAGGGAUCCAGCUUUCCGGGGGGGGGCACAGCGUGUUCCCACCAGUCUGUGAAAGUGGGACAGGUGAGCAGCACCAUGGCACAGAAAGCUUCACCUGCCCGUUUCUGCCUGACUGAGCACACCUGGGGUAAAGCCGAAUGCCAGCCCAGAGCGGAACAGGGCAAAACCCCAGAAUUGCCAUCCCCUCUUCCUGAUGCAAACCCAAAUCUCUCCACUUUGGAAAUGGAACCAUUCUGAGUCAUCCCUCAGCAGGGAAACAAGUAGCAAAGGAGCCGUUCUAGUGGGCUAACGGCUGCAAGUUUUUGUGUUGCACGGGGCUCUUCAGCCAAAAUACAGAAAUAUUUUAUUCUGAGGCACCAACAACACAAAUCAUCUUUUAUACUCCUUUUCUUUCUUUCUUUGAUGCUGUCAAGAGUCGAGUAAAUUUUAAGCUGCCUUACUGCUGAGUGCAAGAACGGAGUUAAGGUAUUUCUUUUAAAAUGAGGAAUUGGCUGCAUUGUGACCAUUAAUAUACAGAGGGGUUUUUUUUGUAUUUUCUUGACCCAUGGUUAAAACUAAAAAAGCACUUGCCUA